AUGACCUCGAUUUCCAACUGCCUGACUCCCACCGAAAAUAAAUGGACCAUCUAUGUGGAUGGCGCAUCGAGCAACUCGGGAAGCGGAGCCGGCAUUAUCCUAGAAAACGACGAGGGGCUCAUCAUCGAAGUAUCCUUGGUCUUGUCUUUCACCACGUCGAACAACCAGGCCGAAUACGAGGCUCUCCUAGCAGGCCUGCGCUUAGCCGAAGACGUAGGCGCUCGGGAGGUCAUGAUUUAUACCGACUCCCAGCUCGUCGCGUCCCAAGUCAGCGGCGAUUACCAAGCCAAGAACGACACACUAGCCGAGUAUCUCACGUUUGUCAAAGAGAAAAUGAAAAGAUUCUCAAAGGCAGACGUCGCACAUAUUCCCCGGGAACAUAACUCACGUGCCGACAUAUUAUCCAAACUUGCGAGCACAAGAAAGAAAGGUGGAAACAAGUCGGUAAUCCAUGAAAUCUUGCCCAGACCGAGCAUAAGCAAAAACGCGCAAGCUCUGCAAGUAUUCGCUAUCGGGGACGACCACUGCUGGAUGACCCCGGUAUAUAACUUCCUCGCCAAAGACGAACUUCCCGCUGACGCGAAGGAAGCUUCAGCUAUUAAGAGACGAUCCUGCUCGUACACCAUCAUCGAGAACAAAUUAUAUCGACGAGGCUUCUCCAUCCCUCUCCUUAAAUAUGUCGACGCCUCGCAAGCACUUGAGAUACUCCAAGAGCUCCACGAGGGGAUCAGCGGCCAACAUCUCGGUGGCCGGUCACUAGCGAGAAAAACUCUUAGAGCCGGUUAUUAUUGGCCGACCAUGCAGCAAGACGCCAAAGAACAUGUCCGGAAAUGCGACAAGUGUCAGCGUCAUGCCGACAUGCACUUGGCUCCCCCGAACGAACUUAAAUCGCUCUCCUCACCUUGGCCCUUCUCCACCUGGGGAAUGGACCUCCUCGGACCUUUCCCGCUCGGCACGAAACAUUUCACCUCAGUCGAGCAUCCUCAGACGAACGGGCAAGCCGAGGCAGCCAAUCGAGUCAUCCUCCGGGGACUGAAGAGGAGACUCGGCGAAGCUAAAAAGGCUUGGGUCGAAGAACUACAUAAGGUACUUUGGGCUUAUAGGACAACCCCCCAUUCGAGCACGGGCGAGACUCCGUUUAGACUAACCUACGGCACCGAAGCAGUGAUCCCCGUGGAAAUCCGGGAACCUUCUCGGCGCACAGAAUCACCCCUCGAAGAAGAGCUCAAUGACGAGGCUAUGCGGGAAGAGCUCGAUAUGGUUGAGGAAAUCUGA